AUGUCUUCCCCGCCACCCGAUGCACAAGCGCUUGCGACAGCUGCUCUUCAUCUCACUGCGGGAAAGUACUUUCAGGUCGCUGCUUUCGUGAUGUUGGUUUAUGACCACAUCCUUACACUCCCGGACGAAGUUGAACGAAUCUGGAAGCAGAAAUGGUCGGGAGCGACAAUUUUAUUCCUCAUCAACCGCUAUGUCACCCCUUUGCAGUUCGUGAUUAUUAUUGAUGCAUUUCAGGACCCUAGAUGGAAAAAAUCAUCUGUGAAACCGUCUCAUCUUAGCGUUCCUCACGUUUCUGAAUCUUUGCUGAAAGUGGGCCUCGAAAAAGCCGUUCCACUUCCUCCAGGCUUCGUUGAAAAAUUUAACUCUGCGAAAGGUUGUAUUUUCACCGGAAACAAUCCUCUAUUUCCCGCCGUCUGGGUGACUCCCUUGGCCUCCGACUGUUGCAUUUUUUGUCUUACUCUUUGGCGAACUCGGACAUUCAUCAAGAAAUCUAGAAGGACACCAACAAUUCAUAUUUUUCUGAGAGAUGGUCUGAUGUACUUUCUCGUAAUUUGUAUGGCGAACUUUUUCAACACUCUCAUUUUCUUCCUUGGACCACCUGACUUGAAAGCUGUCGGAGCUUCUUUCAGCCAAUUGAUCACUGCGACAAUGAUCUCUCGGCUGGUGCUCAAUCUGAGAUCCCUCUCUUACGUCUCUAACAGCCAACAAGAACCUGCAGUGCCUUUACGAUCGAGUGACCCCCACCGCGAUAUUUCAGCAUUUGUAGCAAGAACAAUAGGGAAUCUUGGGGAAGAGAUGGACACAUUUCUUGAUGACGAUGACGAUACCCUACGAUUAGUGGGACCCAAGGGGAGGGAAAAAAUCCCCCUACAGAAUUUGGGAGCCUAG